AUGACGUUUAAGAAAGACUUCAAACAAGAAAUGGUGCCUGAAUGGGAGAAACACUACAUGGACUAUGAAGGCCUCAAGACAAUAUUGAAAGAUAUCAAAAGCAGCAACAAAGUUGAACACAAUAACCACUUCCAUCAUCAUCAUCAUGGUAGUAAUAAUCAAAGAGGUGAAGGUAUUGAAGACAAGAUUAUAGAUGUUAAGACAUUAGAGAAUGAUGUAGAUGGUUCCAAAGAGUUCUAUGAGACUAACUUGAAUGAAGAAAAAAGUGAUACUGAUGCAAGGUUUUUUGAGAAGCUUGAUGAAGAGCUUAACAAGGUUAAUGUGUUUUAUAAAGAAGAGGUGGAGGCAGUUAAGCAUGAAGCAACACUUUUGAGUAAACAACUUGAGACUUUAGUUGCUUUGAGAGGAAAGGUUAAAAGCCCCAAUCCAGGACUGCAGCAGGAAGACUCUAUGGUGAGCACUGAAGUUGAUCAUAGAAGUACGCUUCAUGAGGACGAAGCACCUAGUAACUGUGAAAGAAGAGACCCUAUGGAAAUCCUUGAGAAUGUAAAGAUUGAUAAUGCUCUUCAAUCUCAAAUAUCAUCAAUCAAAAAUGUUUUUACAGAUUCCAAUGAUAAUGAGUUAAGUUUCAAUGAAGAAGAGCUGAGAAAAGUUGAAAAACAACUUAGACUAGUGUUUGUUGAGUUCUAUCAGAAACUUCUCCAUCUCAAGGACUACAGUUUUAUGAAUCUCUCAGCAUUUUCCAAGAUCAUGAAGAAGUAUGAAAAGAAUGCACCAAGAGGAUCUUCAACAGCAUACAUGAGAGAAGUGGACAACUCUUAUCUUGGUACUUCUGACGAGGUGAAUUUUCUUCUGGAGAAAGUGGAAUCUACCUUCAUCAGAAACUUCACACAUUCAAAUCACAAGAAAGGAAGGAAAUUGCUAAGGCCAAAAAUCAAAAGAGAAAGGCACAGCAUAACUUAUUUUACCGGCUUCUUUUCUGGCUGCUUUGUUGCUCUACUAGUUGCUACAAUAUUAAGAAUAAUAUCUCAACAUUUAAUGAAGAAAAAAGCAGGAAUAUUUUACAUGGAAAACAUUUUCCCAUUAUACAGUCUAUUUGGAUAUGUCACUCUACAUAUGCUUAUGUAUGCUGCAAACACAUACUUUUGGAGGCGAUAUCGGAUCAACUAUCCGUUCUUGUUCGGUAUUAGACAUGGAACUGAGUUGGAUCAUAGAGACGUAUUCCUUCUCACAGCUGGCCAUGCAGUGAUUGCAGUACUAUGUUUCUUGAUAAAUUUGCAGCUUGAGAUGAAUCAAACGGAUCGAAGCUAUAAAACAGCCACAGAACUUGUUCCUCUGAGCUUAAUUGUUCUUGUCAUUUUGAUCACCUUUUGCCCUUUCAAUAUCAUAUACCGAUCAAGUCGUUUCUUCUUUAUCCAAUCUUUAUUCCGCUGCAUAUGUGCUCCGUUUUUUCCGGUUUCACUUUCGGAUUUUUUCUUGGCCGAUCAACUUACCAGUCAGUUUCAAUCCUUCAGAAGUUUUGUUCUUUACAUAUGCUAUUAUGGCCUCGGAGAACACUCAAGGAGGAAAAACAAAUGCAGAAGUCACGGUAUCUAUAAUAUACAAUACUUCACGGUCAGCGUCAUUCCUUAUUGGUUUCGCUUGGCACAGUGUAUGCGUCAAUUGUACGACGAGAGAGAUGUCGACCACGCGAUCAAUGGAUCAAAGUACCUAUCAACAAUCGUUGCAAUGGUGAUUAGGACUACCUUUGAAACAAAGAAGGGAAUGACAUGGAAAGUGUUGGCACUUAUAAGUUCAGGUGUAGCAAUAUUAAUGAACACAUAUUGGGACAUUGUGAAGGAUUGGAGUCUCUUGCAAAGACAUUCGAAGAAUCGUUAUUUGAGAGAUGAACUCGUAGUUUCUCACAAAAGUGUCUACUACAUAGCCAUGGUUGUGAAUGUCGUUCUAAGACUUUCAUGGAUGCAAUUGGUGCUUGAACUGGAUUGGCGUCCCCUUCAUAAAGUGGCGAUCAUUACGUUUAUUUCGUGUCUUGAAAUUGUUCGCCGUGGGAUAUGGAACUUCUUUAGGUUGGAGAAUGAGCAGUUGAACAAUGUUGGAAACUACCGCGCAUUCAAGUCAGUUCCUCAUCCUUUCAGUUACAAUGAUGAUGAUGACGACGACAAGAAUGAAUAA